UUCUUAUUUUCUUAAAUAGUUUUAUUGUCUUUUCUUAGUUUGUUUAGUCUUGUUAGGGUUUAGCUUUUUGCUUCCUAACAAAUGGUGCUUUCAUCGUGUACUCAAUUCCUUCUAUUGAUUACCUUCAUCUUACACCUUCAUCUCAUCAAUGGAGCAUUCCUCCCACCUAUCCCACAAACCCCUCUUUCACAACUCCUACCACACCUUCACUUCCAUCCUUUCCAUGGGAACUUUUCUCACCCUAUUACACAAAUCCAUAUGUUCCAUCAUCAUCACCAAAUUUAUAUCCAAAUCAUGGAUAUUCACCACAUAUUCUUUAUUCAUACACCCCUUAUUCAAUGGCCCAUCAUUCAUACUACUACACUGAUUGUCACCAACAACUAAAACCUUCAAACACCUACACAUUUGGUCAUAAAUAUCAAAGCCACCCUAGUAGUAAAAGAGAUUGUAAGAAGCAACUGGAAGUCUCUCUUCCUUAUUUUAAGAAAAUAUCUAAGAAAAAUUCUCAAAAACCUUAUGAUUCAAAAAAUAAGCAAAAACAAAAGUUUCAAAAAGUGUCUCAUUCUGGUCCAACUUUUCAAAAAGAGAUUGUUCCUAAGUCCAACUUUUCUUCCGUAGCUGUCAAAAUCAAGCCUUCCUCCAAUGAGAAAUCAACGGUGAAGACUAGGGCUGGUCCUAUUUCGCCAUCUCCGAGAAGUCUUGGGACAGGUUCCGUUGAGCAGGCUGAGACGGUGGAAGCUAUCGGUGCUGGUCAGUUAGCCGACGAAUUCCUACAAGGAAGCAACGACGAAGCCGACAACGAAGAGAAAGCUUCAGGUUUGGAAUCUUGUUCGGAGUUGGAUUCUGAUUCGGAUAAUGAAGAUGAUGAUAUUGAGAAGAAAGCUAUGGAAGAAACAAGAACAAGGGAGCGAGAGAAAGAGGAUGUCGAAGCUGAUAUUGUUGACAUUAAGCCUGUUAUUUAUGAUCUUACUUACUUGUUGAAAUUGUGGGGAGAGAAUUUGGAUUAUAAAAAGGGUAGAGAGACUCAUGGGAUGUUGAUAGUGGAUGGGUUUGAUUCCAAUUUGUUUACUAUGGCUUCUGUUGUUAAAUGGUAUGUGAAUUAUGGGAAGAUAGAUGAUGCAUUUAAGAUGUUUGAUACAAUGCCACAUAGGUAUUUGAUUGAGGUUUUGGCUAAGGUGAAUGGGAUUUUAGAGAUUAUGAUGAGGAAGGAGAAUUUGGGUCAGUUUGAUGGGAAAGUUUUGACAGAGAAGUUGCGGAAACUCAACAAUUCGCAACAAAGCAUUGAAUAUGUAUCCCGAUUGUGUGUUUCUCACCGGAAUAGAGCAAAAUAUAUUUUCGAAACAUGGAAUAAAUUGUUCAGUUCUUCCCAGAAAGAUCAGCGUGUCCCUUUUCUGAACUUGGCUAAUGACAUCAUACAAACUAGUAAGCGCAAAGGCAACGAGUUCGUUAAUGAAUUCUGGAACGUUCUUCCAUCAGCUCUCAAGCGUGCUUAUGCAAGUGAUGAGUCAGGAAAGAAUUCAGUAAUCAGGCUUAUUGACAUUUGGGAGGAGGGAAAGAUUUUUGGUUCACGGUCUCAGGGUCUCAAGGGUGAAAUAAUGAGCAAGAUCCCCCUUCCAUCAUCUAUAAGCAAUAGAAAGAAUUCAUAUUCAAAUCCUAUCAAGAUAGCUAAGAGGGACGCCCAAUCAUUGAGAUUAAAACUAGCUAUCGGAUCUUUGCCAAAAAAAAUAAUAACAGCGAUGCAUUCUGAACAUCCUAAUGAAGAAGUUGUCCUGAACAAGUGUAAUGAUGUUGUAUGUCAAGUGGGUAAGCUUAUAGAAGAUGUUGAAAAUACAUUGUCUCAAGGAAAUCAGCCUGGACCCAUUUUGGUUCAUGACUUGCAACAGCAGGAAAAGGAGCUUAAACAAAAUAUAGUGCAACUAGAAAAUGCGAAGGCUGCUAGGGCCACUUUGCUUUCCCAGCUAAAAGGAGCACUGUAGGAACAGGAAUCCAGUCAAGAAGUUGUGAUUGAAGUUAUGCAUUCUCAAUUGCUAGCUGGACAAGAACUGAUUGAGCGGGUAGCCAGUAUCCGGGAGAGGUUUGUCCAAGCACCAGAAACCCCAUGGGUGCUGGAACAGAAUAGUCCACCCGCUCAACCGACCAACAUCCCUCUUCAGUCUUCUUUGACCCAAUCUAGUAUGUCAUUUGCUCCUCUCCAAACUACCGAGGAAGAUGCCAAGGCUGCUGCAGCUGCUAUUGUUGUUAGGCUUGCUGCCUCUACAUCCUCAGCUCUCAUGCUUACAUUUGUUCUUUCUUCCCUUGUCGCUGAAGUUAUGCAAUGUGAUCCGGGAAGAAUAUCUCCACUCUCUUAUUUAUUUUCGAACCUUGAGGACAAGGUUCAAGUGAACCCCACAGCAAUGUUAGAGAGUAAUCAAUAAUCAUUAGUUAUAUAUUUAAUUAGUAUUGAAGUGCUAUUAGUUAGUAUUAUUCUCUAGAAGUUUCUUAGUAUUUAAGAUUAUGACACUUGUAGGGUUAUGAUAUGUCUAGAGUUCUAUAUAUUGAGAUGUAAUGGGUUAUUUGAGAAUCGUCAAAUGAAUGAAAAGUUUCUUAUUUUCUUAAACAAUUUUGUUGUCUUUUCUUAGUUUGUUUAGUCUUGUUAGGGUUUAGCUUUUUGCUUCCUAACAGAUUCAUUGGAUGAUGCAACAAGGAGAGAAUGGUUAUAAGAUUGAAGUACGAAAAAUUUAUAUAACACUGUUUUUUUUUUAAUUUCUUUACAUUACUAUGUGAAUAUUUUAACGACUUUUGCAACAUUAUGCUAACAGGUGGAUGAAGGGUCGAGACUAAAGAUUGCACUACAACUGACACUACAUCCUUUUAACAACAAAAGAGAUUUAAUGUUACAAAAUUCUUUCACACACCAACAAGAUUUUAUGAAAGGAACCGAU